AUGAGCGAAUCCUGGAAUCCCAAUGCACUGCCGUUCCAGCCCCGCGGCUUUGACCGCCGAGAGCAGAAUUUCGGCGCCUUUGAGAACCAGCUUCAUGCUCCUCCCCCUCCUCAAGGACACCCAGGCCCAUACGGACCACCGAGCGCACCGUGGAAUGCGGGUUUUGCGCCGCCUCCACCGCCGCCCCCACCCCCACCACACAUGUUCAACGGCCCCGAGGCGUACAACGACUAUGCCGCCCAUCAACAAGCGCAGGCGUACCAUCAGUGGAUGAUACACAAUGGCUACGGACACAAUGCGCCGCCACCUCCACCAAACUAUCCUCCAGGCCCAGAGGCUUUUGGGGGGCGCCCGCCACCGCACAUGCAGCCACAUGGACCGCCACCUUUUGGGCCGCCACCGUAUGGCCACCCGCUACACCAUGGUCCUCCGCCGUUCAUGCAGCAUCAGCAAAACCAUAUGUUUCCCAACCGCGGGAAUUACCAUGCCAUGCAUUCGCAGGCCAGCUUUGCGCCUGGUGCGAUGAACGAGGAUAUACAGAUGCCACCUCCUCCAGGCAAGAUAUCAAAGUCUGGGCUUGCUGCCAAUGGACACGCCAAGCAGAAAGAUGUGUCUAAGGGUCCCAAGUCUGCCGCACUUGUAGAUGAAAAGAAGAAGGGGCGGUAUGGUGACGAGAAGAUUGUGCUUCCCGCACCGCAGCCCACAGAAGAAUACCUCGAGCAGGCGGCUGGCGAACCGUCUACAACUGAGAGCCCUGGCAAGUUGUUGGUCAUCUUAGACCUCAACGGGACAGUUCUUUACAGGCCUAAUCGCAAUGCGAAGACCAUGAUUGAACGCCCGUUCUUGAGGCCCUUUCUCUGCUAUCUGUUCGACAACUUCAAGGUUAUGGUCUGGUCAAGCGCCAGGCCAGACAAUGUAAAGUCGCUUGUUAACCAAGCUCUGGAAAAUGACUUGCGAUCGAAACUAGUGGCUCAAUGGGCGCGAGACAGCUUCGGACUGUCCCCGACCAACUACCAGCAAAACGUCCAAGUGUAUAAGAACCUGAAAUUGGUAUGGAGCCGCAGCCAGAUUCAGUCGUUUCAUCCAGAGUACGAGACCGGUGGUCGAUUUGGUCAGCACAACACGGUCCUCAUCGAUGACACCUCCAUCAAGGCCUGUGCCCAGCCGCACAACCUUCUUGAGAUUCCAGAGUUUUCGGCUACCCCUGAGCAAAUGAAGGGCGACGUUCUGCGCGAGGUGGCUGGCUACCUGGAAGUACUGAGGAAACAGGAGGACGUGUCCAGAUUCAUCAAGAGGAAUCCGUUUGUGGACGGUCAAUGGAAAUACGAUUGGCCUGACGACUUUGCGGAUGGAGGUGAAAUGACCAGCAAGGUUUCAUCUGCUACACCGAGUAAGAAGAAGAGUAAAAAGAAACAGAAACAGCAACAGAAACAACAUGAGAAACAGCAGGCGGCGGCGGCAGCAGCUGCAAACAAAACCAACGUUACUGCGUCACAGACGCCCC